GUGAACGGUGCGGUGGAUCCGCGAUGGCGGCGCACCUGAGCUCGGGGCGGGUGAACCUGACUGCGCUGCGCGAGGCGGGGCGGCGCGAGCUGCGCGAGUUCCUCGACAAAUGCGCGGGGAGCAAGGCCAUCGUGUGGGACGAGGCCCUGACCGGACCCUUCGGGCUCAUCGCGCAGUACUCGCUGCUCAAGGAGCACGAGGUGGAGAAGAUGUUCACGCUCAAGCCGGGCCGCCUGCCCCAGGCCGACGUCAAGAACAUCAUCUUCUUCGUGCGGCCGCGGCUGGAGCUCAUGGACAUCAUCACCGACAACGUGCUCAGGGAGGACAGAGGCCGCUCUCCCCAGAGGGACUUCCACAUCCUGUUUGUGCCGCGCCGCAGCCUGCUGUGCGAGCAGUGGCUGAAGGAGCAGGGAGUGCUGGGGUCCUUCAUCCACCGCGAGCAGUACAGCCUGGACCUCAUUCCCUUUGACGGGGACCUGCUCUCCAUGGAGGCCGAGAGCGCCUUCAAGGAGUGUUACCUGGAGAGCGACCAGACGAGUCUGUACCACGCAGCAAAGGGGCUGAUGACGCUGCAGGCUCUGUAUGGAACCAUCCCGCAGAUCUUCGGGAAGGGCGAGUGUGCUCGGCACGUGGCUAACAUGAUGAUCAGGAUGAAGCGCGAGUUCCCUGGGAGCCAGAACUCGAUAUUUCCCGUCUUCGACACCCUCUUGUUGCUGGACCGCAACGUGGACCUGCUGACGCCGCUGGCCACGCAGCUCACCUAUGAGGGGCUGAUAGAUGAGAUCUAUGGGAUCCAGAACACUUAUGUGAAACUCCCUCCCGAGAAGUUUGCCCCGAAGAAGCAGGGUGAGGGUGGGAAAGAUCUCCCCACAGAACCCAAGAAGCUCCAGCUCAACUCUGCUGAAGAGCUCUAUGCUGAAAUCCGAGACAAGAACUUCAAUGCUGUGGGGUCAGUGCUGAGCAAGAAAGCCAAGAUCAUCUCCGCAGCCUUUGAGGAACGCCACCACGCAAAGACCGUUGGAGAGAUCAAGCAGUUUGUCUCACAGCUGCCACACAUGCAGGCGGCAAGAAGCUCUCUAGCAAACCACACCUCCAUUGCAGAACUCAUCAAAGACAUCACCACAUCUGAAGAUUUCUUUGAUAAUUUAACGGUGGAACAAGAGUUCAUGUCUGGAAUAGACACAGACAAAGUUAACAAUUACAUUGAAGACUGCAUAGCUCAAAAGCAUCCAUUAAUCAAGAUCCUACGCCUCGUUUGCUUGCAAUCUGUGUGCAAUAGUGGACUGAAGCAGAAGGUUCUGGACUACUACAAAAGAGAGAUUCUCCAGACUUAUGGCUAUGAGCAUAUAUUGACCUUAAACAACUUGGAGAAGGCUGGACUCCUGAAACCUCAGACAGGCGGUAGGAAUAACUACCCAACGAUCAGGAAAACCCUGCGCUUAUGGAUGGAUGAUGUCAAUGAACAGAACCCCAACGACAUCUCCUACGUAUACAGUGGCUACGCACCGCUGAGUGUCCGCCUGGCACAGCUACUGGCUCGCCCAGGGUGGAGGAGCAUAGAAGAGGUUCUGAAGAUGCUGCCAGGUCCCCAUUUCGAGGAGAGGCAGCAGCUACCCGCUGGCCUUCAGAAAAAGCGUCAACACGGUGAGAACAGAGUCACUCUGGUGUUCUUCCUGGGAGGGGUAACCUACGCAGAAAUCGCUGCACUGAGAUUUCUGUCCCAGAUGGAAGAUGGAGGCACAGAAUAUGUCAUUGCCACUACAAAACUGAUCAAUGGGACAACCUGGAUGAAAUCCUUGAUGGAAAAACUGGAGCCUGCCCCAGUCUAAGGUGUGCGGUAAGAGACAGUGAAGGUGAGAGGCCCUGUGGACACAAGCACACCAACUUCUGGUCUUUUGGCAUGGCUUGAACGUCAGGGAAACAAGACAGUGCAAGAAGCUCUCCUGAGACCAGCUCAUGAUGCAGUUACCCUCAUCCCUCUCUGCAUUUGGGUUCCUACUGUUUGUGGAACUUCUAGUAGACAAAAUAGCUCCUUUCAAGUUACUUCAGCUUCUUCAGAGCUGAAAGGCACUAACAAUGAAAUAAACAGCUCGUGGUCUGGAUUGGCAAAGAAGUGGUGGGGUGGCAGGGGUUGGGCCUGGUGCUUCCAUUUGGCAAAUUGCUGCUUUUUGUCUCCCCUUUCAGUUUAUUUGCAGUAGGAAAUGUGAUUAUUCCUUUGUUACCCUCCUAAGGUGCUGAGGAGGCAGGAUGUUUUCUGUUCCUGCUGUCACACCAAUAUUCCCGGCUGACUCCACAGUGGAAAGAGAACUCCUGUAAAGGGGAAGCAGUAAGUUUUUCACUGCGUAUCUUUACAAACUUCCCAGCUCUUGGGCAUCCAGAAUAAUGCAGUUGCAGGGCGUGCUUGGCCUGUGCUGGCUCUUACAAGCUGGCUGUUAUGGUGAGGUACCUGUAGGCCACACUCAAAUCCACUGUCCUGCACACUUUGGCCAAGACAUUCGUUGGGUUUCCUGCAGCAACAGCUAAACCUUGAACUAUCCACACGCACAUCAACAACACUGACUAUGAAAACAAGUAACUGCACCCAAAUUAUGAGGGAGAUGCUUGAGCCUUUCACUGCAGUCGCCCUCUGAAGGCUUGUUUGUCCUGGGUACACCCACCUGACUCAGGAAAGCUACUCCAGGGUAUAAAUUACAUCAGUAUGUCAAAAGCUUAUGUCUGAAGACACAAACACUCCCUGCAUGGGACUUGGGCCAGAAAUAGCUGUGUCAGUGACCUAGUAAACAGUGGGUUUCAAACAGACACUUCUUCAGUCUCCCUGUUCAGUUUAUAAACUGUGGAACUUGCUGCCACAAGCUAUUACAGAGCUCAACAUCAUAAAAUGGAAUUUUCCAUGGUCUUGGUGGCAGGGCCCCUGGCAUUUCUGAGCCAGUGUGUGCUAGAGGCAGCUUCAGCUCUUGGAGACUUGGCCUUGCUAAUGGCCAUGGAAUGGGAACGCAGAGCAGGCUCCUUGCUUAGGCCUGUGCAGCUGCCACUGCUAGAGCCUGGUGCUGUGCCUCAGCCCUCUUGCUCCAUGGUCACACCAUCACUCUACUCACAUGCUUCUCCAGCAACCACUGGGGACAUUUUAAAUAGUGAAAAACAACUGAAAAGACCCAUCCCACAUCUUAAGUCACUCUCAGCAAACACAGAUGCUCUCAGUUAUCCUGCAAAAUGCACAACACAUCCCAAAACCCCCUUCAUUUUGCCAAGGGGUGACGUUUAUGAUUGUGGGUUUCAGUCUUGUUUUGUAAGAUUGAGUUCUGCCAAAUCAGCCCCAUCACAGAGCCCCUCUGUCUGUUUAACUCCACUUGUCUCAUUAGAACAAAAUAAAAACUGUAUUUGGCCUUUCUUGGAUGUGUUUCUCUCUCUUUCACUGGAAUGCAAACCUAAAUAAAAUAAACCAAACCUC